AAUCAUUCAAUCAUCCCCCUCGCCAAAGGCCCUCACACCAGCACAAAAGACAAGACACACAAACGACCGCGGGUGGGGUGCCACGACACACACACACACGCACACACACAUGCACACCUUCCCUCCCUGUCCAACAAGCAGCGCCUUUUCCGCUGCCCAGAUCCCGCUGUGUUUGCUUUGUUUUGUUCUUCCCGCACAGAAGCACCCAACCCCACACUUUACUGCAAGCACCUUGCUCUUGAACCUCAUGCCAACAACCAUCGCCAUGAUGAGUGGCUCAUCGUUCCAAUCCUGCCUACCUUGUAACCCUUCCUUCUCUCCUCUCCCUUCUCCCCCGCCCUUGCCAAACCCAACGGCUCAAAUUGGUCUUGAUGGGUUCACAGGAAACCAUCAUCCCAACGCCUCACCGUCGUUGAUCCAACCUACAUUCCCUCAGACCGCCCCUCACAACUCUUGCCUGCGCCUCCAGGCGUUUCCUCACACACUUGGUUGUAUCGCCCUCACUCCAGCUCAAACCAACAACUCGGCCAAGCCCAAAGGUCUUCACCAGGCUUUUGGCACUCUGCAAGCAACCGCGCAAACACCACAGCUUCCAUUGUUGGAUGAAAUGACUGUCGGCGACCGGCACACCAUGCCCACACCGCCUCAGCAGCAGACCUCACAGGACUAUCAACUGCAGUCCCACCAACACCAACAACAGCCGCAAACCUUGCCAAACGCCUUGCAAUCCAUGUACAACGCCGUUUCGCUGGCACAGCAGCCAGUGCCACAACAGACCAUGAUGAUGCUGGCCCAGGCAGCCUCCGCCGGCAGACAACCGGCCAUGAACGUUCAGGCAGGUAUCGCCCAGCAAGCGCAACACCAGCAGCAACACCAGCCCAGCACUGUUGAUGACAAGGAAGGCGUGCCCAUGACGAAGCGACCAAAGCAAGAGCAGCAGCAACCGCAGGCGCAAACCCAUGCAGCGCCUUUUCAGCCUCCAGGCCAGGAUGCUGCCCUCCAGCAACUGCACUUGCAACAGCUUCUGCUGCAACUCCAACAACAACAGCAACAGCAGCCGCUACCUGCACCAGGCUCCACGCUCCAUCCAUUCAUGAGCAUGUACGGGGGAUGGAACAACCCGCCCUGGGCGACAGUCCCUGACCACGCCCAGGCACAGCAACAGCACACGUCUGCUGCCGAUGCACACCCGCAACGCCAGCAGACCCAACAGGAAGGCUCUGCAAGCACGCAGCCCGGCUUGCUUGCAGCAGAGACCACGCCUUCCUCUGCCUCGCCGCCUUCUUUGGCGCAUCAGCAACCUGCUGCUUCCAUGUUUCCAACGACAGCAAACCCUGCACCGUAUCUGAGCACACCGAACAGCGCUCUCUCUGGCCUGCCUGCUGCGGCCAUGUUCAACCCCAGCAUCAUGGCCCAGCUCAUGGCCACCUACCCCGCUGCGAUGGCAGGCCUUGUCCCCGGCUUUGCGCCAGGCAUGCCUGGAGCCGCUCAGACAAGUGCUGUCCAGCCCACACAUCUGCAGCGGCCUCAUCAGCAACAACAACAACAACAACAACAAGACCAGCCGCGACAACAACAACAAUCAUCCCUGGCACGUUCCAAACGGGGCAGGAAACCUCGCCCAGAGUGCCCCGUCUGCGGUGGCCCCGGGCGACACACAGCGACAAAAUUGUGCUCGACAUGUUAUGGGGGCGUCUACAACGACAUUGCCAAGGUGUACAAGGACCCGAAACAAGCAUUGACUGUGGACGGCUUCGUCGAAGGGCUGAAGCGGCUACCGCGCGGGUGCCCUCGCAAGAACACAUGCUCCAAAGAGCAUUACAGCCACCGGCUGCCAACAUACGUCAAGUGCACCCAGUGUCGCACCAUUGCCGUGGCACAACAUGACCCCGUCACUGUCCAGAAUUUGCUGGAGAAGCGACGGCAGCGCCUGGAGCAGGGCGGCGGCGGCUCUGGCACUGGUGACGACGACUCGUACGACUCGCCAUCCAUUGGCGCCUCAGAAGAAGCCAAGCUCGAAGCGGGGAGCGACGUGGCGGGCAGCGGCGCACCAAAGACCAAGGCCCCCGGAGACAAGAAGGUGGCAGCCCAAACACCGACGGUCGGUGCAGAUGCCACUCCCGAGAGCACAGCUGCCCCUCCUCCUCCUCCUGCAUCAUCCUCGUCAACAUCGACCGGCCCGCUUGGGAAAAAGCAGCGAGGGUCGCCCAAGAUUGGGCAGGAUGGGUCCGUGCAUGGAACUCCCCGGCAGUGACAAAAAAGGGACAGGCGAUGACCGCUGCCACCACGACCUCACUGCCGUCAGUCAGUCGCUGAUGUCUGUGGCUCCGACGAGAACCAACCCAUGUCGCUGUCUGCCUGCCUGUCUUGGCUUAGCAUGGCUUGACGACGAGAGCCCCUCCCACCCUUCCCCCUGUUUUCCUUUCUCCAUCUCCUGUUCUCCUUCCUCCUCUUCCUUCUGCUCUGUUCCUGUUGCUUCUCCUUCUUUCCUUCCACCUUCCUUCCUCUUCUUCGCUCCUUCUUUCCUUCCACCUUCCUUCCUCCUUUGCUGUUCUGAUAGCUGGCACGCAGGCGCGGACAAGAAAAGACUGUUGACCAUGUUGACCCACCCUGUUGACCGUGAUGACCCUGUUGCUUCCGCCCGUUCUUUCUUUGUUUCUGCCGUGGAGCAACAGCCAGAGCCAGAUGUACAUGUAGCAUGCAGACUUUGAACAAGACUUGUGUCUCCGCUUUGGCCCUUUGCCUUUUACAUGUGUGUAUGGAUUAGUGGUUGGUUGGUUGGUUGUGUUGUGUUGUAUUUCGCUUCACGCCCGUAUCUUUACUCUGUUAUGUAAGUGUUGGACCUUGGUUUUAAGUGCACCACCAACUUCUUCUUCUUCUUCGCUUUGUUCCCCAUCCGCUUUGUGAUCUUGUCUUGAGUUUGUCACCCUCUUUCUUCUUUUUUUUUUUCAUCUCUUGCUUUGUGUUAUGCUUGCGUUGGGUGUCUUGCUCGCCUGUUUCUCUUCCACCUCACUGUGCUUUUGUUGCUUUUCUCGUGCUUUGAACCCCUCUUCCCCCCGCCUCCAACGCAACUGUAGUGCUCGAGAAUGUACACCAUUUCCGUCACCAUCCUCUUCAUGUGUACUUGCUUGGGUUUGCUCUGUGUGUGUGCGUGUGUGCAUGUGUGCAUGUGUGU